GACGAUGAGUGGAUUCUCAAUUCUGUUACUACAAAAAUAACUAAAUCAUCAUCAUAAUGAAACAAGAACAUCAACUGAAUGAUGAAAACUCACAACAAAUUCAAACUAAAUUUGCAACAAUCAUUCAACCACAACAUCUACAUUCAUCUGCUUACAAAUCAUCAACGAACAAAUUUCAAAUCAUUCACAGAUCAACACACAAAUAAACCAAAAGUAGUUCUGCAGAUUAUGAUGUUUGUUGAUGUGAAAUAUAUGGUUAAUUCAAUGUUAUAUCAUGUUUUCUGUAAUACUGAAGGUGCUACGAGUUUGCAUCGUUAUGGAUCGUCAAUGUGAAGAAGUUCCUCUCGGUUUGUAGAUCAGUUGUUUGCAAAGAUAGGUGGUAAGAGUUCCAAGAGAUUUUCAUCAGUCGAUUUUGCAUCUUUACAAAUCGCCAAUGUGAACAAGUUCCUACCGGUUUACAAAUCACUCAUUUCCAAAGAUAGGUGCAAUCAGUAAUGGAGAUAUCACUGUUGAAAACGCUUCUUGAAAACAUAUCCAGUGUUCUUCAUCUGUCAUGUGAAGAUAACAGAUUUUGUGAUAUUGUCGAAAAGUGUUACAUCAUGAUUGAAGAAGUACUGAAGUUGAUUAAGCCGAUACUCGACACUAUCGUUGAUGCUGAUGUGACAUCAGAACAAUCGCUAGAAAAGGACUUUGCAGGCAUGAAUCAGUCUGUUGAUGAACUCCGGAAGGUUCUUGAAGAUACUCAUCCGUUAAUGAGUAAAGUUUACUUUGCUUUGAAGGUUGACUCGUUGUUAACAAAAGUUCAGACUCACGGGUUGGACCUUGUUGACCUGCUACAAUCAUGCGAAGGACUGCUACCUGAUGAACUGAGUUCAGCGUCACUUGAGCAUUGCAUGCAGAAAAUUAAACAUAUGGGAUACGAAAAGCCAUCGGAUAUCGUCUCCAAAGCGAUAAAAGAUCAAGCGGAGGGCACGAAACCGAGCUCAGGUAUCCGGUCAAAAAUAGCUGAUUCGCUUAGCUUAAAGUCAAAUCAAGAACUUUUAAUCGAGUUAGUAGCUCUCGAAAACUUAAAGGAGAAUGCUGAACAGUUAGAAAAGUUAACGGAUGUAGAGUAUAUCGAAGAAAUGAUUAAUCUUGUUACAUACAUGCACGAUUGCUUUAUUGAAACGAAACAAUCACAGAGCUGCAACACGGUACCAAUCCCACCCGACUUUUGUUGCCCGUUAUCGCUUGAACUCAUGACCGAUCCGGUAAUCGUAGCGUCAGGACAAACGUAUGAACGGGAAUAUAUCCGUGAUUGGAUUGAUCUUGGUCUUACUGUUUGCCCUAAGACAAUGCAAACGCUUGUACACACUAAUCUUAUUCCUAAUUACACCGUUAAGGCGUUAAUUGCGAGUUGGUGUGAUUCCAACAAUGUGAAGAACGUAAUUGUGUCUAACGAGAUCCAUCAGGAAGAAUGUUGUUUGGAAGACCAUCAUGCGUGUUCAUCGUCAGAAGAUUCCAUGCCUGAAAUACCGGGAAAUGAACAUGAAUUUAAUGAGUAUGAGGGCUCCGGUGGACCUUCAUCCAUAUCACCGGCAAGGAAAGAAUCUUCGGCUGGCGGUGGAGCGGACGAAGGCUCACCGGAAGAGGUGGUGGCAGAGGCUCAGCCCGCCAUUGUCGCCACACAAUCGAACCAGCACGAAUACGAAUACUCACCUCGAUUUAGAAACCGAUUAAGAAAUCAAAUACGGCACAGAACAAGUGAAAGAUUUGGAGUACCAAGAAACAUUUCUUCGGUUACUGAAACCCGAAACGAUAUCAGUGAAGUUGAAACUCAAGUCAAUAAACUAGUUGAGUGUUUAAGUAGCACUUCACUUGAAACCAUAAAGAAUGCUACUUCUGAAAUAAGAGUACUUGCGAGAAACGAUAAAGAUAUACGAAAUGUAAUAGCAAACUGUGGUGCGAUCCCGUUCUUAAUCAGCCUACUCAAUUCACCCGACGAAAAUAUCCAAGAAAAUUCCGUCACUGCCCUUUUAAACUUAUCGAUAAACGAAGUUAACAAAGCUGUAAUAGGUAAUUCUGGUUCAAUCGAACCGUUAAUUCACGUCCUCCAAACCGGGAGCUCAGUGGCACGAGAAAAUUCAGCUGCAACACUUUAUAGUCUCUCACUAACCGAAGAAAACAAGCGAAAAAUCGGUCGGGCUGGAGCGAUCGGGCCGCUAGUUAACUUAUUAGGAAACGGGACCCUACGGGGAAAGAAAGAUGCAGCCACAGCUUUAUUCAACCUAUCAACGUUUCACGAAAACAAGGCGCAUAUCGUGCAGGAGGGUGCGGUUCGGUUUUUUGUCGAGUUGAUGGACCCUACAACUGGGUUGUUUGAUAAGGCAGUUGCGGUUCUAUCAAAUCUCGCUACGAUUCCCGAGGGCCGAGCCAAGAUUGGUCAGGAGAAUGGGAUUCCAAUGCUGGUUGAAGUGUUGGAACUCGGUUCGGCUCGAGGAAAGGAGAAUGCUGCUGCAGCUCUCUUACAGUUGUGUACUAAUAGUAAUAGAUUUUGUAAUAUGGUGCUUCAAGAGGGCGCGGUCCCACCGUUGGUGAUGUUGUCGCGCACGGGUACCCCGAGAGCUAAGGAAAAGGCUCAAUCGUUACUUAGCUACUUUAGAAACCAGCGGCGUAGCAACGCUGAGAGGAGAUAGGGGAAAAUUCAGUUGAUAAGUUGUGUAUACAGUUGCAAAUUUAUUGUUGUAUACUUAACAAACAUUUUUUAUGUAACAAUGAUUCUAUGAUGUAACAAAACAGUUUACUUUUAAACGAAAGUUCAUGAUAACAUAUACAAAAUAAAUUAGUUUGAUAUUUA